CGCAUGCGUAAUGUUUCGUAACGCAACAGACAGGCGCGAUCGACAGCCACCGUCACCUGGAGAAAACAGAAAUUCUAACCGUGUGAGACAAACUCAGAACCUACACCAUGAUAUGUUGCGGAUUAUAACGACGAAACGUGGAUUAGAAUAGAAGAGGUUUGGAAAGCAGCGCUGAAUCCUUUCUUGUCACGUGGGAAGCUUUGACCAAUCGGGUCGAGCCAGCUCCACACGCGAGUUCGUUCUUUGUUCGUAACUUCUGGAUCCAUUAUCCCAAAAUGUAGGUUAAUACCCUGUUAAAAACAAACAACCCGCAGGACAUGGACACGGGUGAGACAUUUUGCAGGAGCACCGUGUAGUGGAUAUAUUUUAUUGGCCUUUUGAGGAAUGCCACGUGUUCAACUUUUUGAUAAGCAGCUGCGCUCACCUUGUCACGUGAGCUCCCCCCCUCCCCCCCCCUCAGCUCAGGGAGAGGGGGAAGAAGAAGGCGGACAUGUUUGAGGGAAAAGUGUUGGUUAAAAAGUAUCGAGGUGGAGGACAAGAAGAUAAUUUGAAGAAAGGUUUCACAUUAUUUUUGGAUUUUACCAGGCGGCAUUUAUGUUUGAUUUAUUUUCCAUUAUUUUUUUAUAUAAUACUUUUAAGAUUUAUUUAUUUGUCCUUUGGCUCAUUUAACUGUCGUUUUUAACUAAAGUUGUUUUAUUUUUGUGUGUUUUCCUAGGGCAGAAGUUUCUCAAACUUGUGUUACAUUUUGAUGUAAGACUGUGGUUUGUUUGAGUGACAUUGUAGGGUGUUUGUAACCUUGUUGUGGGGGAUGGGCGCAUGUGGUUAGGUAACCGUUCUGAUAGUCAGAGGUAUAGAAAGUCAACUUUAAAGAUUACAAAUCAGGUGAUGUAGGAAGAGCAUGCUUUGUAUUUGUUUCUUAUAUUGAUUGAAAAAAAAAAUUUGUUAGGAAUUUUAAAGAUCGGUUUGAUUUAAGGAUUUUAGAUUUAGAUAUUCUGUUUUGUUGCAUCUUAAGUAGUUAAUGUGAUUUUUCUUGUGGUUUGCUUUGGGUAAAAUCCUUUUACUUUUUUUUGACUAAUGUAGGGAGAGGUCAUUACAGAACUGCUGUGUCAUUCAGCGGGACUUGUAGAUCUCGCGAUAAUGCUAGGUGUGGUCUUUUUCAGUUGCUUGAACUGAAAACAGGUUUUUAGUCUCUGUUAAUCAAACGGCCAGAAUUGUUAACCCUCCAGUUCUUUAGCGAUAAGUGCACCAAGAAGGCAUUUUGUUCUUAAAAGAUGGCCUUUCUCUGCUGCGUGAGGCACCUACUUAAAGUGGCCAUUUGCUCACGGGCUGUUUGGCGGUUUGUCUGACUGCAGAUAUUGUAAGAAGUAACUCAGAUGACACGAUGUCAUUGUGCUCAAAAUGGCGGCUGCGCUUCUCCUCUGAAGGCAGUAAUGCGAAUAGAGCUCGUGGGGAGAGGCGGUUCGAUCUUAAGGGGAUGCGCGUGACCUGGUGAAAGAACCAAUCGCUGUCUUGGUGUUCACCCUGGAAGCCCGCGUUUCAACCGCGUUGACCAAUCACCGAAGUCGUUUUUGCAUACAUUGACGUAGUGAAAUAUGAUGAGGAGAUAGACGGCUUCGCUUCCUUAGUGUUUUGUACAGGAUUAAAACAUGGAACCGGUAACGGCGGCGGGUCUAUAAUACACAACAGUCCUGAUUAAUACUCUCUUUCAUUUCCUUCCCCGAGAGCAGAACCGUGCGAACCGGUUGAUCCAGAAGUCUGUCAGCUAAGCCUCAGCAGCGAGGGGCGUGGCGAUUUUGACUGACAACAUAAGCAGCGAAUAGAAAUCCAGAGGGCGUGGACAGUUCGAGGAGUCCUGUCCAAUGGGGUAAACGUUCGGUCUUUAUAAGAACGGGUGCGAUCGCGGAGUCGCCAUUUCAACGAGUACAUCAAAGGAUUUGACUGUGGCGGGGAGCCGGGAAACCCUCGAACAGAGUCGGAUCCAGGUCUGAGCCUAGCUAUAAACAGAAUCCGGAUCCAUCCUGAUGGAUAUGGCUGUUAACCCGCUCCUUGACAGCUCCCAUGUUGAGCUUGGCAUAAUGGGGGUCACAACGAUGGAACAAAGUUCUGGAACAGCUGGAAAACGCAUCAGAAAGCCAUCACUGCUUUAUGAGGGCUUUGAGAGUCCUGGGAUGCCCCCCCUCAAUCAGAUGGCCCAUUUUGGACCCCCUCAGCCCCCGGUGAAGGACCCAAGUCGCCAGGGAAGGAUGACCAACCAACUUCAGUUCUUGCAGAAAGUUCUGCUCAAGUCUUUGUGGAGGCACCACUUUGCCUGGCCCUUCCAUGAACCUGUGGAUGCCGUCAAGCUCAGUCUGCCUGACUAUCAUAAGAUCAUCAAAAUUCCAAUGGACAUGGGCACUAUUAAGAAGAGGCUGGAAAAUAAUUACUACCGCAGUGCUAGCGAGUGCAUGCAGGACUUUAACACCAUGUUCACAAAUUGCUACAUUUAUAACAAGCCCACAGAUGACAUUGUACUCAUGGCACAGUCAUUGGAGAAGGCAUUCCUGCAGAAAGUGGCUCAGAUGCCUCAGGAGGAGGAAGAGCUGCUACCUCCCCCUGCACGGAGUAAACCCAGCAAACCUGGGAGGAAAGGAAGAGGUAAUGCAGUCUCUGGAGGAGUCACAACAGCUCAUCAGGUCCCAGCUGUGUCACAGUCGGCCUACUCACCUCCAACCCCAGAAACCCCAGACUCAAUCCUCUCCACCCCCCCACAGACACUUUUGACCAAGAGCCUGUCCCUUUCCCUCUCAACUGAACAGAGCAUCCCUACCAUAACAAGUCAUCCUCCCACGCAGCCCACCACUAAGAAAAAAGGCGUGAAGAGAAAAGCAGACACAACAACUCCAACCACCAUGGCCAUGCCCAUCAUGAGCACCAUGGGAGUCAGCGGCAUCAGCCUGGGAAUGGGAGGUGGGCACGACUCCCCGCUCACCCUUACUUCUCUUGGGGUGGACCACAACUCUAGCCUGGGAAUGAACCAAGCCCUCAGUCUCAGCCAGGGAAUGGGGAUGGGCAUGGGGAUGGGCAUGGGGAUGGGCUGUGGAACAGUCAUGAUGGGAACCAAAGCAACAGCAGCGGCCAGGAGAGUAGUUAGUGGACGACCUAUUAAGCCUCCUAAGAAGGAUUUACCAGAUUCCUUGGUUCCACAACCGGUGCGCCGCAGCAAGCUGAGCCCCCAGCUGCGGUACUGCAAUGGGGUCCUAAAGGAGUUGCUGUCAAAAAAGCAUGCAGCGUAUGCCUGGCCGUUUUACAAGCCUGUUGAUGCCUCCACACUUGGUCUUCAUGACUACCAUGACAUCAUAAAGCAGCCAAUGGAUCUGAGCACCAUCAAGAGGAAGAUGGAUGGCAGAGAGUAUCGUGACUCUCAGCAGUUCUCUGCUGAUGUUAGACUGAUGUUUUCCAACUGUUACAAGUACAACCCUCCUGAUCAUGAUGUGGUGUCCAUGGCCAGAAAACUGCAGGAUGUCUUUGAGUUCUGCUUUGCUAAGAUGCCAGAUGAACCUCCAGUACCCCCUAGCUCCUCAUCUUCCUCCUCCUCCUCUUCGUCAUCAUCAGAGAGUGAGCUCAGCAGUGAAAGCGAGGAUAGUGAGAGCAGCCCGAGCUCUGACUCUGAGGAGGAGAGGGCAAACCGACUUGCAGAGCUGCAGGAACAGCUUAAAGCCGUGCAUGAGCAGCUCACUGCUCUCUCCCAGGGCCCCAUUGUCAAACCCAAGAAGAAGAAAGAGAAGAAAGACAAGAAAAAGAAGAAAAAAGUAGAAAAAGAGAAGCAUCGAAGGAUAGAGGAAGAGCUGCCACCUGUUAAACCUGCAAAGGCCCCUAAGGUUACCAAAACGCCUAAAACAAAGACCAACAGAGCACCGGCCUGUCCUGUAAUCCCGAUUAAGAAAGCGCCAAGCAAGAAAAACAACAAGAGCAAAUCCAAAAAGACUGCCAUGACGUUCAGCAUGCCUCAGCCGCCCAUUGAUCCCAUUGUUAGUCAUUAUGACUCCGAUGAAGAGGAGGAGACCGCACCCAUGUCGUAUGACGAGAAGCGCCAACUCAGCCUGGACAUCAACAAGUUGCCCGGUGAGAAGCUGGGCCGUGUUGUUUACAUCAUCCAGUCUCGCGAGCCUUCGCUGCGAGACACCAACCCAGAGGAGAUCGAGAUCGACUUUGAGACACUGAAGCCGUCCACGCUGCGGGAGCUGGAGAGAUACGUCAUGACGUGUCUGAGGAAGAAACCUCGGAAGCCUUACGCAAGUAAAAACAACAUUGCCGGCAAGUCCCGAGAAGAGCUCGCUCUGGAGAAACAACUUGAGCUGGAGAGAAGGCUGAUUGAUGUCAGCGGUCAGCUGAAUUCUGGAAAGAAGCCUGCUAAGACCAAACCAGAGAAACCUGCAGCAGAGCAGAACACUCAGCCAUCACGUCUCAGCGCCAGUAGCUCCUCCUCAGACUCCUUCUUCAUCCUCCUCCUCCUCUCAUCUUCAGACACAAGUGACUCAGACUCAGGCUGAGAGGCAGAGGGUUUUCUCCGUGAAAGGGUCAUACAAGAGACCCACAGCGUUUUGCUUUGAUUGGACUACACUGCAGCAGAGCUAGCAACGAUUGAGCCGCAGGACGGAUCAGACGAGAGCAGCACUGGGCAGAACUGGUCUGACUUAACAAGUGUUAAACCAAGAAUAGAGAGAGAUGGGGCUUUCCCUGCGCUCGUCUCAUUCAUCCAGUCCUGUCCUGGACAAAGAAAAGCCGAUGAUGGAUGGAUGGAAAUGAGGAUACUCACUAUGAGAUCCUCCAUUUUUGAGAGAAAUGCCUUCGUUGGCCAGAGCCGGGGAUGCUCCAUCUCCUGCAACAAAAAAAAGAGUGACGCAUGUGUCUGGAGGGAUAAGGGUGCUACUGCCAGAAUCUGUCUUAUUUCUGGAGAUAAUUUCCCUUCUUUCCGUGCUCCUUGUCUUUACGCUGUAUAGUUAAGGUGUACAGUUAUAUAAAUAUCUAUAUUUCUUUUAUAAAGAAGCAUUUUAUGGAGCUAAUUUAUUCCCUCAUUGUGGGAAAGACUGGUGUGGGCGAAGUCGUGUUUUAGUUUUUGUUCAGUUUUUUUUCUUGAGUAAUAGAAGGUCGAGGGGAAACGCGUAUGUUUGAGUGUGUGUAUGUUGGGCGUGUGUGUCGGUGCAUGUGUGUGUGUGGGUGUAGAACUGUAUGAGUGUGUCCAGUAUGCAUGCACAUGUGUGAGUGCAAGAUCGGGCGCCACAAGUUCAGCCUCAUAAGUUCCUCAUAGAUUUAACGCAGGCGUUGAAAAUCAGUCUGCACGCAGAAGCACCUUGGUUCAUAGAAUACAGAAUGCAUGCAAUACAGGAGAGCUGACAAGCAUCUGCAUACUCAUGUACUUCUUUACUGCAUACUUGUGUACUCAUGUACUUGUUUUAAAGGGUUGGCCACUUGUACAGAAAUGUAACAUAGUUACACAAUAGUUUAUAUUCUGUCCCCAUGUGUGCUGUCUUUUUUUUCAUCCAUUUCUCUGUAAUCGUGUUCAUUUUCUCUUCUUGUGACCAAUCUGCUAAUAAAUUGUGAGGACUUGUUUCGUCUGCUCACCUGUGCCCAAAUGACAUCUUUGUACCUUUGAUUUCUUUUGGUGUUCAGGUCCUUUUCUCUAAAGUCACUAAACAUCUGACUUGCCAGAGUUUCUGAAACAGCAGGGUCAAUAAUGUUUCUUACAUUUACUCUAAAUUCAUGAAGAAGAAGCUUUUCAGGUGACGCUUUACCACCUCGACGUCAUAAAAGCAAAACUGCUUCGUGUUUUAACAAUUUGGCCUUAAGACAUCUACGGCAGCUGAGCGGUUUAACUCCUGUGUUAACAGUUUUGUUAAAUAUUAAGUUUUCUUAUUUGUGGGAUUUUCGGCAGGUAAACAACCGUUUUUGUUGUAAUCUUUUUAGAAAGGCGGUGUGGCUGGCGUUAACUUGAAGGCUGUUUUGAAUUUCAAGAUCCAGAAGUCACUUUUACCGGCAGGCUAACAAAGAUGGUUAAAUGUUGUAAUAACAAUGCACUGUUUGUUUGGUGGAACUACUAAACAAUUUUGUGAUUUAGGUGUGAACCGUUUUUUCUUUUUAAAUGGCCUUUGACUUGAGAUUGGAGUAUUGUAUGCUAAAACUGAUUAUUUAUUUAGAAACAAAGUUGACUGGAGACUUUAUUCAUAAAAAGAAAUAGCUUAGUAAUCAAUAGCUUUUAAAUGGAAUUCUGCUUUAUGAGAUGCACACAGACUAACUGUCAGGAACAUAUUUUACAGGCUCAAUCUUGGAGCAGGAUUUUGUUUUUCUUUAACUUUUAGAGCAGCUUUUUCUGUUCUGCAAAAAUGUUUCUGUCAGUUUCUGUUUUUUUAAACAAACAUACUUAGAGUUGUCAGUCUUAUUUUUCUGAAGUUCUCAGAAAUAUAAAUGCCUCUGUACUUGACUCCUUCUUUUCAUCUGAAUUUCUGUACAUAAAUAAACUGAGACAUGUUCAUCUCUU